AUGCUCAUUUAUCGCGGAAAACUCGACUGGGGCUCCUACGCGGUGAACGAAGGAAUCACCAUCAUUUUCCCCAACGACAUCGGGCUCGGAUACCCCGUCGGUGCUUGUUGGCAAUGGACAAAAACCGAGGAUGGACAAGCAAACUCGCCCGAAUUCCAAACUGGGACCAUCGACUCCGUC